CAUGCAUUUGGUAUUUCAAAAUAUUUUGGGCCCGAAGAAUCAAAAUUUUUCCUAGGUCAACGGUCCACAUGACUAAAAGAAUGGAAGAACGAGAGAAACCAAGAACACUUGACCGCAUUCUCUCUCUCUCUCAUCCAAGACUGUUGUUCAUCCACAUCUAAAAAUAGAAACAAAACUUCUCCUCCAUCUCUCUCUCUCUCUCUCUCUCUCUUCUUUUGCAAGAACAAUCGAUUCACUAACAAAUACACAAAUAGACAGACGGAUAGACAGAUAGAUAGAUAGAUAAACAACAUUUCGAUCUCGGUGAUCAUUGAUCAUGUCGCUCGCGUUACCAACCACCGUCAACCAGUCGGCUGUAAAGCCAAUAAGCAAUGCCUGCUAUGACAACAACCAGGUGAACUCACAAGGCAUCUUUCUCGGCGACCAGCCCCUCAAGUUUGCGCUCCCCCUCUUCCUCCUCGAGAUCUCCAUCAUCUUCCUCGCCACUAGUGCUGCCCACUUCAUCCUUCGCCGCGUUGGCCAAUGCCGCUUCACCUCCCAGAUGCUAGUGAGUAUGAUUGGCAUAUUCUUGGGCCCGUCGGUGCUCGGCCACAGCGUCAAGUUCCGACGGGCCAUCUUUCCGGAGCGCGGCAACUACAUCCUCGAAACCGUCUCCCUCGUCAGCCUGAUUCUUUUUCUCUUCUCCACUGGCAUCAAGACCGACCUCUCCCUCGUCCGUAAGCCGGGCCGCCGCGCCGUCGCCAUUGGCGUUGCCGGCUCCGUCCUCCCCCUCGCCCUUUCCCUCGCCAUCUUCUACUCGCUCCGCUCCACAUUCCCCGACGACCUGCGCCGGUCCAACCUCAUCUUCGACCUCUCCGUGCGCCUUUCCCUCUCCUCCUUCCCUGUCAUCGCGGACGCCCUCGGCGAGCUCCGCCUCCUCAACUCGGAGCUCGGCCGCAUCGCCAUGUCCGCCGCCCUCAUCACCGACAUCUGCAGCUGGUUCAUGUGGACCGCCUUCAUCGCCGUCGGCCUCGUCGCCAAGGCCAACAGUCCCACAACGGCCGCAGAGAUUGUCGUCUCAUUCCUUGCAUUCACGCUCUUCGUCGUGGCCGUCUGCAAGCCGGCUGCAGCCUGGAUAGUCAAGAAGCAGACUCCCGCAGGAGAACUGCUCGGCGAGGGCUACUUUGUCGGGUUCGUGAUGCUCGCGCUAUUGUCGGCGCUGGUAACGGAGUUGAUAGGGUUUAAGUACAUGCUCGGACCCUUCAUGCUAGGACUGGUGCUGCCCGGGGGGAUGCCGCUGGGGGUGACGAUGACGGAGAGGAUGGACUCGUUCUUCACGGCAAUAUUCCUGCCGAUAUACAUCGUGCUGGCCGGAUACCGGGCCGACUUUGCGGAGCUGAACGACGUGAAGGGGUGGUCGAUGGUGGAGCUCGUGGUGGCGCUCUGCUUCGUGGGGAAGCUCGUGGGCUCGGCCGCGGUCGCGCUGUACUACGAAAUGCCCGUGCAGGACGCCUUCUGCGUGGGGCUCAUGCUCAACUUCAAAGGCGUCGUCGAGAUCGCCUUCAUCAGCAACUGGGGCAACGCGCAGAGGGUGACGGUGGACCACUACACCAUCCUGAUCAUUUCCAUGCUGGUGAUCACGGCGGUGUCGACGCCGCUGGUGAAGCUGGUGUACAACCCGACGGCGCGCUUCCUGGUGCACAAGCGGCGCACGAUCGAGCACGCGAAGCCGCACUCGGAGCUGCGCCUGCUGGCGUGCCUGCACAACGAGGACCACGUGGCCCCGGUGCUGGACCUGCUGGAGGCCUCGGCGCCCUCCCGCGACCUCCCCGUCUCCCUCGCCGUCCUCCACCUCACGGAGCUCUCCGGGCGAUCCGCCUCCUACCUCCGCCCCCACAAGCAGCCCCGCCGCCGCCCCGGAUCCUCCAAUUCGCACAACCACAGCCACCAGCAGCACCACCAGGCCCCCUCGGCCUCCGACCGCAUCGUCAACGCCUUCCGCUACUUCGAGCAGCAGCAGGCGGCGCCGGGGGCCGUGGCCGUGCACCCGUUCGUCUGCGCGGCGCCGUUCGCGACCAUGCACCACGACGUCUGCGCGCUGGCGCUGAACCGCAAGGCGCGCCUGGUGCUGCUCCCCUUCCACAAGCACUCCGACGGCGCGCGCGAGACGGCGCGGAACGCCUUCCAGGCCGUGAACCGCGCGGUGCUGCGCUUCGCGCCCUGCUCGGUGGCCGUGCUGGUCGACCGCGCCCUCCCCGCCGGCGGCGCCGCCACCUGCGCGCGCACCAACAGCCUCCUCCAGCGCGCCGCCGUCUACUUCCUCGGCGGCCCCGACGACCGCGAGGCCCUCGCCCUCGCCGCCCGCAUGGCCGCCGGCGGCGCCGUGUCGCUGACCGUGGUCCGCUUCCGCCUCCGCCUCCGCUGCGCCGCCGGGGAGGACGCGGACGCGGACGCGGACGCGGAGGACGAGGCGGCGGUGGAGGGGUUCAGGGAGCGGCACGCGGGGAGCGAGAGGGUGGUGUACACGGAGAGGAUGGUGGAGGACGGGGAGGGCACGGCGGGGGUGAUGCGGGGGAUGAGCGAGAAGUUCGACCUGGUGGUGGUGGGGAGGGGCGGCAGGGAGGACGAGUCGGGGCUCACCAGCGGGCUGUCCGAGUGGAGCGAGUGCCCCGAGCUCGGCGUCGUCGGCGACAUGCUCGCCUCCACCGACUUCGGCGGCAAGCUCUCCAUCCUCGUCGUCCAGCAGCAGGAGCGCCUCCGAUCCGAACACCAUCAUCAUACUAAUGGGCCUCAGGAAGAGGAGGUGAAGAAUGUUUUGAUCCACGGACCACGGUAGAGAGAUCUAGCUCUAGCUUAAUUGCUUCUUAAUUAAUUUCUAGGAAGAAUUUUUCUUUUCUUUUCUUUUUCUCUUUUUUUCUUUUUUUUGUUUUUCCUGAAAUGAAGUAUUGAAUUUGGUAAUGCACCUCUUGUUGCAAUCUGAGAACGCCCACAGCGCACCAAUUUUUCGCA